AUGUAUAGAAAUGCAAAAAGUCAAACUAAACUUGAAAUUAGCAAAACUUCAAAAAGUUACACCACCAGCAAAUCAAAAAUUAGCGACAACAUUCAAUCCAGUCUAAGUAAAACCUCGAAAGAGGCUAAGCCGUGGUACAGUUGCAUGUUUCAAAAAGUUUACAGAGAAGAUUUAGACGGAGCGGGUUUGAAAGCAUUAACGUACGGAGCUGACAGGAUGGAUAAUCAGUUAAAGGCAAACAGUGGCUCCUUAUCAUCUCCAGCCUCUCCCUACAUCACCGGGAAAUCAAACUUCAAAUCAUCAUCAUAUUCAUCCUCAUCUUUCAUCUCAUCAUCUUCAUCCUUCUCUUCAUCAUCAUCGGCAUCAUCCUUUUCAACGUGUUCUAAAUCUUUGAUUCAAUCCUACGAAAAGAGACACGCAUCAUCCCAGUCAGCAGUGGGUAUCAACUUUAACAGGUCUGCCAAGGGUAACGCCCCGGUAGAGAGCCAUCCAACAAACAACUACUUAUGUGCUGGCGCUAAAAUCAAUUCAGAAAUUAAAUUCAAUAAAAAUAACUCUACCCAAAAAGCAAUUGGUGGUGGAAAAAAUGACGUUGAUGAUGUUGUUGUUUGUGGUAGAGGUAGUGGUAGUGUUGAGAGAGUUGAAAUCUUUGUCAACAAACCUGAUAAGAUGCAUCUUGACGCCUUUGAUAACUCGGUUGAUUUCAAAUUUGGUUCUCUCGAGAGUGAGUUUAAAAAGUUGCACGUGGAAAAUGUUGGUGUUAGCCUGCCUGGGAAUGGGAUGCACUGUACUGAUAAAGCAUACAAGUGCGUUGUGGGUCAGUGCAAUUGUCAGCUGGAUGAUUUCAGGGAAUGUUACGAUGAAAAAAGUUACACCAGCAACAUAAAACCCGUUGAGGUAGGACAAACCUUGGAUGCAACUGGAGGUCUUGGAAAAGCUCUCAAUGACUACGUUGCCCAAUCCUCGUCCGAGUUGUCCUUCAAGACGAGCAAUUACCUAACUCUACUAAAUCAAGUCAAUGAAGAUUGGUUCGAGGCCACUCUUGGGCUCAAAAGGGGCUUGGUCCCAAAAAAAUAUAUCACAAUCCUUAGAGAGCCUCAACCAUCUCGUACCCAAUCUUAUCGGCAGGACAUCCCUAUUCCAAAACUAAUCGGAUCCGGAACAAAAUUGAUCAAGGAGAUUGUGAACGUCAAGGUUUGCUGA